UUUCUGAGCAGUCUAACUUACAAAACGGUUACAAUGAGGCGUCAACGGGUGAGACUGCGCAGUCAUGAAUAGUCUUCUACCAGUGAAAUGAGAACACAACAGUGUUUGUAUUAAACGCCAGCUCGUUUUUUUUUUAACCAGACGUCGUGUCUACAGAGGUCCACCAGGGGGCAGCAUGUAAGCCGAAACAAAUCCCAUCCAUACAGAUGCUUCAUGGUCAUGACGUUUCUUGGUUAUUUUUUGACAAAAACAUUUAAUUCACAGCCGUGUAAAACUAAAAUGAAUCAGUGGUACAAAAAAAACUUAAGUAUUUAAUAUUAUCGUAGUCCCUGGUUUGAAAUGUCUAACAUCUGUAUGAAUGGUUUAGUAAAUGAAAACCGUCUCAAAAAUGUUCUAUAGAUUUUCAUUUAAAGAAAGUGGUCUUUAUAUCCAUCUCCAGAUGUGGAGUCGACAGUAAUAAGCGUUGCAGUCGGAGCCGCUGUGUUCACGCGGGGAGGCGUCUAGUUUCAGGAGACUUGCUAUUGGUUCAUUUCCAGAUGCGCUGCGCUGAUUUGCUGCAGCGCAAAGUUGAGCGUCGUCAAAGUCCGCAGAUAGACCUUCAUGUGGUUCAGAUGAGAGGACGCACGGAGAGACGCACCAUCUCUUCUCGCCUGGAAAUUUGCGGUGCUCUUGAUUUUUAUUUUUUGUUGUUGGCAUUUAACCCGAAUUAAACGCAGAGAAACAGGAUUCUAAACUUCACUGCGGACAUUUAAUCACGAGCCAUGGCUCAGUUAAUUCAAACCAAACGGAACUGUUGAACUUGGUGAAUCACUGCUGCUCGUUGUGUGAAGGCAGCCAAGGAGAACAGAACAUUUUAAGAGGAGCAGAGUCCCAAUGAGGAUGUCCCAGUGGGCCAGAUAAGUCUCUCUUCCCCCCCCCCCCCCCUCCCUCCCCGGGGACAAAUGGUUCAGCACCCACAGCUGUGAUAACAUCAUGGCAUUGUGGUGUCCAAGCCGAACACUGACAGGAUGGUUCAUCAAACUGAACAGAAGAACUUGUGUGACGAUAAAAAGUUAAAGCUACUCCUUUUCUGAGCCUGCUUGCUGCCACGGGAAUGUUUUGGAUGGAACCGUUUUAAAGAAACGUGUCGCAAAUGUGCUGCGUUGUUUUCAGUUCAUCUGAAAGCUGGAAAAUGAUUUGAUUCACAAUUGAAACCUCAUCAUAUUCUAGUUCGACAAGCGUUCGUUAUUUCCUGCGUUAUAUUUCAGUCCUGUCAACACCAGUUUAGGGGGAAUCCACAUGAGAAAUACCCCUCGUCCCUCCUCCACUUUGUUCAAACUUCCCCUCCCGCUCUAGGAAGCAGGGAGACUGUGCCAGUGUAAAAAGGUGCGUCCUGUUCUGAGCUAUAACUCUAGUUAUUUUCUGGGAUCACACGGGAUGGUCUCCAUAAAGCCGCUCUGAGGUUUGUCAGGAAUGCCUCGCUUGUUAUACGGUCGCACAGCACAGUGAUGUCAGCUGGUAAAAAUCUUAUUGGCCCGGUUAUGGAAACAACAGACGCUGUAUUUCAGUCCGGCCAGUGCACGAGGAAAGAUUUUGGAAGCCAAGCGCCGCUGCCUUGUCGCCUGCUGCAAAAGCCGCAAAAAAUUCUGCCUGCACCACUGAUGUCUUGCGUCUUUCCUUCUCAGCUGUGCUUAGGCGACUCUUCUGACUGCCUGCGGGACCAGAUGCAGUGCAUGGUGAGGUCCCUGCACGACCUGAAGCGGAUGAGCAGGCCGAGGCCACUGAGUGAGCCGUGUGCGCGCUCCUUCGCCGUGGCGCGGCUCUGCAAACAGAGGGCCCGGCAGGAGCGGCUCGCCCGCCUGCGUGUCUCCGACGCCGGCACGUAUGACUCCGCCUGCUGCCUGCACAGCCCCCUGGAAGAAGAGGAGGAGGAAGAGCAGCACCGGCAGCCUGACCGCUUGGCCCGAGGCUCCCCAAGCAGUGAGAAGAGUCUGGACUUUGACUCGGGUUACUCUGAGGCUUCCUGGCAGGAUGAAGGUGUGGUGCUGAGGAGGACCAGGAACGUCCGAGUCUCCUCCUCGGCGUGCCUGCGCACAAACAGGGGACCCUCCGGCCGAAUCCGGCCCAAGUCGACCUCGGACGCCUGCCUGGAGCGCUGGACCUCAUUCGAGGCGAGUAACCCAGAGGACUGGACCACGUCGCUGCUGAGCCGCAGCCGAAACAGACAGCCGCUGGUUCUCGGGGACAACAGCUUCGCCGACCUCAUAAAGAACUGGAUGGACCUACCAGAGUGUCCCGAGCCAGCAGAGCCGAAGCCCAACGCGGGCCGCCGCCGCCUCGCCAAGGACAUUUUGACAAACGUGCGGCGCAGGUUGGCGGGAGCGUCUAAAAGUGUGGAGGUGAGGCAGAGGCCUGCAGACUCCACGAGGCCCAGCCGGGCUGCAGAGGCCUCCAAGCGGAUGUCCUGUCCAGUGGGGCUGCAGGCUCUCAAACCCUUCUUCCACCAGUCGCACACAGGCCUCCAUCAGCCGGACGCCGACUUCUACAAGUCCACCGCCCUGAUGAAGACCGGCAGCCGGCAACCCAUCAUAUGUAGUGACGUCAUCGGAUACUUUUAAGUCGUGCUGUACCCCUGGACUGCUUGUGCAAAAAAAAAAAAAAAAAUUCUAUUUUUGUAAUUGUGGUCCAAAGCGUUGCAUCUGGAUUAGUUGAUUGCAAUUUAAGUACUAACUGUUGAAAUGUUAUUAUUGUAGCCAUGUGUCAUUAACAUGAAGCGUCCUCCAUUUUUCAAGUGGAAAUGGGGGUGAAUUUUCAGCCAAGUAGGCUGUAAACAAAAUGUUCUACAGGGCCCUUUUCUGGUUAAACUGGGAGGCUGCAGUGAGUCUCAGUGAAGGACACGGACAUAAUUGUUCUUCAUAGACAUUUAUUGAAUUAUUGCAUGAAUCACAAACCGCAUCGUUCACACAAAGGCCCAAGUACAGCGAUGAUGUAAAAUACAGCCGGAGAAGCAGAUGAGACCAGUUUCUCCACACAGAGAUCUGGUAAUAAUAGUUGUGAAAUUACAUUUUGCAAAGUUUGUGCUUUUAGUAAGAUAAAAUGUUAUGAUUAAUAACAAACAUGAUUAAAGUAUGCCAGCGAAAUAAUAAAACAAAUGCGGAAGAAA